AUGCACGCCAAUCAUCUUGGGGUCCUCCUCUCGGGACUUCUUGUCUCAGCCAAGAUCGCCUCAGCUUCAUCGAUCCUAUUCUCCGGAGGCACAAUCAUUGCCUUUGACCGCGCAACAAACUCUCUCGAUGUCAUCCGCAAUGGCUCUGUCUUGGUAACCGACGACCGCAUCACCAGCGUCUAUGCUGGGUCAAUUCCACCCUCUUCGGUCUCCAUCCCGUCAGACGUGGAAGAGGUAGACAUCACAAACAAAAUCCUCACUCCCGGCUUCAUCGACACCCACCGUCACGGCUGGCAAACAGCCUACAAAACCCUCGGCAGCAACACCUCCCUCGUCGAUUACUUCAACCGCUUCGGCGAGUUCCCCACCGCAGCCAACUACCCCUUCACCCCAGAAGAAAUCUACUACAGCCAACUCGCCGGCCUGUACGAAGCCCUCAACGCAGGCGUGACCACCACCCUCGACCACGCCCACGGCACCUUUUCCAACGCCACCUCCUCAGCCAGCUUCCAAGCCUCCAUCGACAGCGGCGCUCGCGUCUUUUGGGCCUACGCCUUCCACGAACUAGAAAACUACCCCCUCUCUGAACAAUUCGCCCACUACCGCUCCAUUUUCACCGAAGCCCCCCACCUUAACACCCCAACCACCCUCGGGAUAGCGUACGACGGCUUCGGUCCCAACCCAAACCAAGAAAUAAUCUCCACCAUCAUCUCCCUCACCCACGAAACCAACGCCUCUGUCUUGACAACACACUCCGUCCAGGGACCAUAUGGAAUCACAAACUCCCCUGAGGACUUCGCCGCCCAGUCUUUAUUCACCUCCCUCCCCCCAACCACACCAAUCGUCUUCUCCCACGCAUCAUUCCUCUCCGCCGUCGGUGCCCAGCUCCUCCGCACAUACAACCACACCAUCAGCAUAACACCGGAGUCGGAAAUGCACUACGGGCAUACCCACCCCACCUCCCAUCUAAUCCUCGACCGUGCCUCGAUCGGGGUGGACACGCAUUUCACUUUCUCGACUGAUAUCCUAACCCAAACACGCAUGUGGCUGCAAUCUGUCCGACGGCUCCUUUACGCAGAAGUACUAAACCGUUGGCAGGUGCCAGUUAACAACCCCAUGUCUGCGAACCAGGCUUUUUUACUUGCCACGCGGAACGGGGGGCUGUCGCUGAGAAGAGAGGAUCUGGGGAUUAUUGCCCCUGGGGCGAAGGCUGAUUUGGUGAUUUGGGAUGGAGGGACGGGGCCGAAUAUGUGGGGGUGGAGGGACCCGGUUGCGGCGGUGGUGUUGCAUGGGAAUGUUGGGGAUGUGGAGGGGGUGGUGGUAGAUGGGAGGUGGAAGAAGAGGGGUGGGAAGUUGACGGAUGAGAGGUUUGAGGACGUGAAAAUGAAGUUUGCGGAGGUUGCGAGACGGGUGCAGGAUAGGGUUGUUGAGGCGGGGGUUGGGUUGCCUGGGGAGGGGGAGAGGUUUGUGGUUAGUGGGCUGGAGUUUGGGAAUAGUUCCGUGGUUGAUGUGCAGGUUGGGGAGGGGGAUGGGUAUGGGGGGUUGUUUUUGUGA